CCCCGGAUUUAGAGCCGGAAUCGAAGUCUGAGGCCGAGAAUUUGGUGUAAUCCAGACCAGCCCAAGCCAGAUCGAUCAGAUCCGUGUGCAAAUGAAAAAAGCAAAAGAUGACCCUGUCAAAGAGUAUAUGAUGACAAACAAAGGAGAUGUGAAGACCUCGGCGAAGGCAGGGGUCCAGCACGAAGGGAAGAACGCUCAAAAAACAAACAAAGGGAAAAAAGAAGAACAAGAACAAUACCACCCAAUAGUGGCAGCCCUGCUGACCAAGAAAGAGAAGGCAAAUGAUCAAAUAUCAUCAAACAUUAAAAAGACAUUUCACUUCGUAAACAUGUCAGUCGUAUCAAUCAGUAAUCGUAACACAAUUGCCGCCCCUCGUCCAGGUCCAACCCGCAGAUGCAACAGAAAACAAUUAAAUCAAAGGCUCAAGAAAUCCCAAAUACAGAAAGUAAGAAUGAAUAGAAACAAGACGAAAAGACAAAUAAAAUGGUAGAACGGUCGAGGGGCGAUGGUGAAAGAAUAAAACUGGAUGUGCUGGUGGAGCGAGGGCGGCAAAGCAUAGCUGUCUCUGGAUACGGCUGAUAUGAAUCCUUGGCCUAAUCCUUAGACUUGGGCAAAGCCUGGCGCGUCUCCUCGGGCGGGGGCAGCGCCAUAUUCCUGAACCAUUCGUCGAAAGUCUCGAAUUACCUUUUCAGGAA